AUGCGACCGUCAACCUCGGCGUGGAAAGGGCCACAGUCGAGUACUCCCCCGAGCCUGGCAGGGCUGGAGGAGUUGCGCCGCGCCGUGGAAGACGCGGGGUACACGGUUGAGCCCGUCGGCGACCGCGAGCACGAACUGGAACGGCUGUCCAAGGUCCGCGAGGUGCGCGCCCUGCGAGAUCGCCUGGCUUUCGCAGCUACGGGAGCCAUCCUCCUUUUCCUGGGCGCUUUCGGCGGGUUUCCCUGGGUCUCCGGAUGGAUGGACUUGGCCUUUUACCCCUUCAUCCUCUGGGCGCUGGCCAGCGCCGUGCUAUUGUGGGCAGGUGCUCCGUUUUACCGAUCCGGCCUAGCUGCGGUCAGGCAUGGGUCUGCCAAUAUGCAUACCCUCAUCGCCUUGGGAACGGCCACUGCUUAUGGCUACAGCGCUGCCGUGGUCCUGCUGGAAGCUUUCGUUCCAUCGGUGCUACUGAACGCGGGGAUCGACGGCAAAGUAUUCUUUGAGACAGCAGCCGUAAUCAUCGCCCUUGUGUUGCUCGGGCGAUACCUCGAGGCCAGGGCUCGCGGCCAGACCUCGGAAGCCAUCCGUCGGCUCAUCGAGCUGCGACCCACCAUGGCCAGAGUGGUCCGCGAUGACGUAGAAAUCGAAGUCCCCGUUGAACAGGUGGCAUUUGGAGACCUGCUGCUGGUACGGCCCGGUGAAUACAUUCCGGUUGACGGCGAGGUUACUGGCGGUUAUUCCGCCGUCAACGAGUCCAUGCUGACCGGCGAAAGCAUGCCAGUUGAAAAGUCUCCAGGAGACCAGGUAUAUGGUGCCACCCUGAACCAGCAGGGCGCCCUGUUUUGUCGCGCAACCCGCGUUGGUGAGGAAACGGCGCUGGCCCAGAUCAUCCGUCUGGUGCAGGAUGCCCAGGCUACGAGGGCCCCCAUACAGCGCCUGGCCGACCAGGUCUCUGCCUACUUUGUGCCGUCUGUAGUUGCUGUGGCGGCUGCUACUUUCCUACUAUGGCUAUUCAUCGGACCGGCUCCUGCUUUGACAUUCGCCAUAUUGGUGUUUGUAGCGGUGCUUAUAAUAGCCUGCCCCUGUGCCCUGGGGCUGGCGACCCCGACCGCACUGAUAGUCGGUAUAGGGAGGGGCGCAGAACAGGGAGUGCUGGUCAAGCAGGCCGAGACCCUCGAGGCCGCUCAUAAAGUGGAUACGGUUAUUCUCGACAAGACGGGAACCCUGACGACCGGUAAGCCAGUAGUAACUGCACUCUCCGCAAUUGGCAUGGAGGAGAACCAGUUAUUGGCGCUGGCCGCCUCGGCGGAGCGAGGUUCCGAGCACCCAUUGGCGGAGGCCAUUGUCGGGGAGGCGCAGAGUCGGGGUUUGGUCCUGGAGUCCAUGACGGGCUUGAAUAACAUACCGGGACAGGGAAUUGAGGCGCAGGUCGGUGGCGAGACAGUUUUGCUGGGCAACCGCCGGCUGAUGGAAGAAUGUGGAGUCGUCCUGGACGGUUUGUUGCCAGAAGCAAACUCCAUGGCCGGGCAGGGUAUGACUACCAUGUUCCUUGCGUCCAGUGGCGAGGCCAGGGGUGUCAUUGCCGUUGCUGACACUCUGAAGCCUGGGGCCAAAGAAGGGGUUGCACGGCUGCGUGAUAUGGGCCUCACUGUGGUGAUGCUCACCGGCGACAACGCGUCGACGGCCUACAACAUCGCUCGACAGGUCGGUAUCGAGCGCGUGGAGGCUGAAGUGCUCCCCGGGGACAAGGCGGAAAAUCGUACGAGGCUUACAAAGAGACGGGCACGUGGUCGCCAUGGUCGGCGACGGGAUCAAUGA